AUGCUACAGACUACACCACCAGAGAUCACAAGACAAAUUUACUCCCAAAGUUCAACAAUUAUUCAGUCUGGAACAAAUCUCUAUUUGUCAAUUGAGGCAAGUGGGACAAUGCCACUACGGUACACAUGGAGACACAAUGACACAGUAGUCCAAAAUGACACCUUGCCAUAUUACAGAAUUCUGGAUGGUGUACAGGCAUCACAUUCUGGAACAUACAGAGUUACUGUGGAAAACAGUUUUGGAAAAGUAAGGAGCUUGCCACUGAAGUUAACAGUUAAAGAUCUUGGGAGUUUUCCCAAUGUAAGUGACACAAAUGUAAAUGUUCAGACAGGGAAAGCUGUUGUUCUGCCCAUGCCAGAAAUAUCAUACCUAAAUGUGAAAGGUUCCUUCAGUGUGGAUUGGGUAAAGAAUGAUGUGAAAAUUGGCUCUAGCAGUGAAUAUUACAUCACAUUGGAUUACGACUUGGCACUUUUCAACAUCCCACUAAACUUCAAUCAGUCUAGAUUCAGGGUCAAGUUUACACAUACAACAUCAAUAAAGUUUCUUGAGUACUACAGUCAAAAUUGUAUACUUAAUGUGACAG